GUACAACAUGAAGUAUGUAGAAUAUCAAGAUUUUAAUAUUUUACAUUGCUUUCUCAUUCCUUUUCUCGUUUUGGCAGCGAGAUGUUCAGUACAAAAAUUGUCAAAGCCGGUGGCUCGGAGCCCGAUGCAUUCGAGAGUUCCAUUUCCCAGGCUCUAUUGGAGCUGGAAAUGAACUCCGAUUUGAAGGCACAAUUGAGGGAUUUACAUAUAACUCGUGCUAGAGAAAUUGAGCUGAAUAAUAAAAAAUCAAUCAUCAUCUAUGUACCUAUGCCAAAACUUAAAGCAUUUCAAAAAGUACAGACUCGCCUUGUACGAGAAUUGGAGAAGAAAUUUUCUGGCAAUCAUGUUGUAUUUGUUGGAGAGCGUAAAAUCCUUCCAAAACCAACACGUAAAACUCGCACUAAGAAUAAGCAGAAGCGUCCACGUAGCAGAACUUUGACAUCUGUGUAUGAUGCUAUUUUAGAAGACUUAGUAUUCCCAGCUGAAAUUGUUGGUAAACGUAUCCGUGUCAAGCUAGAUGGAUCCCAGCUCAUUAAAGUUCAUUUGGACAAAAGUCAACAAACUACAAUUGAACAUAAAGUUGAUACGUUCACUUCCGUUUACAAAAAGUUGACAGGACGUGAGGUAACAUUUGAAUUUCCUGAAUCAUAUUUGUAAAUUAUGAUUUAAAAUAAACAUUAAACUAAA